GCCCGAGGGCAGGCGGCCAGCGGAACGCGGCUCGGCGAGGCGCCGGCAGCUCCUCCUCCCGCCGGCGCUUCCUGUGUCGUCAUCUGGCUGCGCCGCGGAGACGGGCGGGUUGGUGCCGCUGCUUGUGCAGGCCGAACAUGGACUCUCAGAAGGAUGUUCAGCCUCCAAAGCAGCAGCCAAUGAUUUACAUUUGUGGAGAAUGUCACACAGAAAAUGAAAUAAAGGCAAGAGAUCCUAUCAGAUGUAGAGAAUGUGGCUACAGAAUUAUGUACAAGAAACGGACAAAACGAUUGGUGGUUUUUGAUGCCCGAUGAUGUCUGCCGAAGGUAGAGUGAUGUCAUGAUGCAGCUUAAUCUUUCUGAUGACUUUGCUUUGUAAAUCCAUUUUAUGUAGAAAUGCACACUCUUAUGUGUUUGAAGAGACUGUAAUAUUAAAUUGUACUGUGAUAGUAAA